GCUGGGAAGUGCCCGGGGGGCAGCUCUGCCCUGCCCGGCCUCAAGGGGGCGGCCCUUGGGGACCCAGGAGGCCUGGCUCCCUUUCUUAUUUAUGUGGAAGAUGUUCACCUUUCUGUACAUUUUUAAAGGACGGGCAGGGAGGCCUUUGGUGCAGCCACACGUGAGCCCCUGUCAGCUGUGGGGUCAAGCUUCGGGACCUUGGGAGAGGGAGGGGAUUUGAGGCAAAGACGAGGAGGAACCCCCAAGACUUCACCCUUUGAGUUCAGACACUUCACGUGGGGUGUGGGCUGUGCAGAGACCACAGGGGACAGGUGGGAGCUUCGGGCAGGGCUCUAGGGCCCGUGGCUGCCCCCGCCAGCCUGAGUGCGGGGCUCCUUGUGCCCCCCCUAAGGGGCUGGGCAGCCCGCAUGGCUCCGGCGGUCUGAAUGGUGCGGCCACACCUUCCUGGGUGACAUCCUGCGCGUCUCAGAUGGGCUCAGAGUUGGGGGCAAUUUCCUAGGUUCCCCAGGGGAAUGUUGGGGCUUCUCAGAGGGGCUAGUGGGAUGCACUCCCCCCGUGUCCCUCCACGUGUAGGGGCAAACAGCCUCCCCCUUGACUCUGCCCCUUCCCUUCCGGUCCUGUCUCUGUCUGUUGCUCCAUGAAACCGGCCCAGCAUCUCCCGUGAGAAGGCGCCGAGAUCCUCAGGGGGGCUGCCAGGUGCUCUGCGGGUCUGGACAGAUCUGCCUGUUUGUCUCCUGGGGCACCUGGCCUCCACUCUUGCCACCUUCCGUCUGCUGGCCUCGGGUGUGACCCCACAGCUGCUCCUGGCCUGGCGUCACCCCUCGGGGUCACACGUCACCAGAACCGUUCUGACCCAGAUUUUCUUAGUGAUGCUGCCUGGAGUGGUCCCGGCAGCAGAGACACCGAGCCUCUCCUGGAGAACCCGCCAGCCAGCCUCCUCCUGCCACCUGGUUGGUGACACGGCCACCGGGUCACACUGGUGCUCAGCUCUACCUCCUACUCACGGCCCCAUCCUGGGCUCUGGGACUCUCCUGUCCUGGGUGUCUGGGAGGCAGGGUGGGGGCCGUGGCCCGGGUGUGCAGGGGCACCCAGGGUCCCCGUGUGAGGCCUGGCCUCAGCAGGGUCAGGCAGAGGAGGCCACACCCAUCCUGUCUUGCCUGUCAGGCCCCUUUCUUCGGACUUUGGACCCCGUCACACAGACUGUGUUUUGAGGACGUGGACAGUCCUACGUUCACCUUAUCAACACUACUUUUCGCUGCUGACACACCAUUCCUGUGCUCAUUUUGGACGGUUUUUGUUUCUUUGUACAGUAAACCUAAUUCAGCUCUGAUUUUCAGGCUGCGUUUUAUAGAAAUUAAAGCCUCUGGUUUUAACUGGCCAAGUGGUGGGUGUGACGUGGCAGGGUGGGUCCGGUGCCGCUUCGUUGACACCCCCUCCACGCCUGGCCUGGAUGGCUGGUGCGCGUCUGGCUGUGAGGGCUGAGCGUGGCCGCACGGCCUUUCCUGGUGGGCCGGACGGGUGCAACAGAGACGCUCUGUGCCGCGCUGCCUCCGAGGGUAGGAACACCCUCGAUGUCCGUGGGUCCGGGGCCUAACUGCCGAGUUCGCUCCGCCGCCUGCGAGGGUGGUGGGCACAGAGCCAGGGAUGCAGCGGAUGACUCGGGAUCACCACCUGCCAGCGCUCAGCACGGCACUACCCGGGCCUGGAGUUGGCGCCCUCGCCGGAAAGCCACCAGGCGACAGUGCGUGAGGCUCAGUCCAGGGCUGUGGUGGGCACUGGGGGGUUGGGAACGAUCACUCUGAACCUGGCAGCCCCACGCUCGGGGACCCAGGCCUGACCGCAGCUCUGAGGGACCGUCCUGGACCCCGUGCCCACAGUCCCCCAGGAUGCAUUCUCCAUAUCUGGGCCGUCUCCCGGUCUCACGCUGACCAGACACGGCUUUUAUUACUCUGCCUCCUAGGUCAUAAGGUCAGACGUGGGGUCAUGGGAUGUUUUCCAUCCCAUCUCAGAGCAGAUGCUCGUGGGGCCCCAGACCCUGGGGAAGGGUUUGGAAGGGCGGGUUCCAGCGGCUUUGUCCUGUUUUGCUGCAUUAGCUCUCCCUGCCAGCCCUGCCAGGGAAGGGCUUCCGUACCCGUCUGAGGGAAGACUCCUCCUCCCAGGCGCUUGUGCAGCUCCCAGGAAACCGCCCCCCCCCAUUUCCAGGGUGCUUUUUAGGUGGCCUUGGCCUCUAGGGACUGGCCCCACAUGGGGCCACAACCACUGAAAUUCAAGUCCGUCCAAGUAGAUACACUCAGUGCCUCGCUCACACCAGCCAUGUUUGCAGUCUUUGCUGCCUGUGCGACUGGGGGCCAUACUGGGGGCACACAGUUCCCUCCCUGCUGGUCAUCCCGGGACCUCACUUUGGUGGCACGUGCCUUGUCCAGUUGUGGAAGAGCCUGGACCAGGGCCAUCCUGGGGGCGGGGGCAAAGUCCAGCCCUGCAUUGGCCUCCCCCAACCCUCAUCUGCUGAGGGUCACCAUGGAAAGGCCCAGGCUGAGCUCACUGUGCACCCCUGUGCUUCAGGGACCUCACCACUAACUUUAGAGAGGGUUUCAUUUUGACCCCGAGACCUGUUGGCAGGUCGUGACCCUUCUCCCAGGAGAAGGUUGUGGAGUUUUUCCUGGGAAGGAACAGAAUGCUUACUCAUUGCUGGGCUGAACACGGUACCCCUGUGCCUCUGUCUUGUCUGGAAGAAAUAAAUCUAAGGAAGGGGCUGGCCUGGGCCUGCUUGGGGGAGACCCAGGCCCUGGACAGCUGGGGCAGGUUGGAGAGCCGGAGGGGGUUGGCCAGCCUGGCCCCCUCCCCUGACCUGGGCUGGGAGGGUCUGAGAGGCAGCUUUGAUCCCAGGGCCCUUCCAUCCGAAGCCCAGCGCCCAGAGGGAGGAGGGGCUCCAGUUACAGUGUCCCCUCCCCUCCCCUCCCGCCGCAGCCAGCCCUUCUCUGGUCCUUCUCCGCCCCUUGGUGACCCUCUCGGCCAGUGUCUUCUGUGCUCCUGGGCCUCGGCCCCUCCCCAGCUCUCCUCCCCUCCCCACCCCCUGCCCUGCGCUGACCACAGAGGGGCCAGGCAGGGGAGGGGCUGGCGCCGCACGCACAGACUCAGAGCUGGGAGAGGCCCGGAACCUACCCAGCCCCUCGAACUGGGGUGUUGAGACGAAGCAUCUGCUGUGGGCUUAGACCUUGGGGGUGAGGGGAGAGCCCCGGGAUCAGCUGGGGGCUGGAGGGCAGGGGCAGCGACCACAGGCCUGGGGAGGCAGAUGCCUUCAGGGAGGAGGCUGGGCAGGGCCUGAGGAGGGACUGGUGGUCACAUCCCCCACCCCCUGUCCUGGCGGUCCCCAUGCUGGCCCCGAGGCCACUCCUGCUGCCGCUCCUCGUGGUUGGGCUGACCUUGGGGGCCAGCCUGCCGCCAGGACCCAGGAGCCACCCAGGCGUGUGCCCCAACCAGCUCAGCCCCAACCUGUGGGUGGAUGCCCAGAGCACCUGUGAGCGUGAGUGCAUCGGGGACCAGGACUGCCAGGCCUCUGAGAAGUGCUGCGCCAACGUGUGUGGGCUGCGGAGCUGCGUGGCGGCCCGCUUCCCUGACGGCGGCCCGGCUGUGCCCACGCCGCCGGCCUCCUGUGAGGGCUUCACGUGCGCACAGCAGGGCUCCGACUGUGACAUCUGGGACGGGCAGCCCGUGUGCCGCUGCCGUGACCGCUGCGAGAAGGAGCCCAGCUUCACCUGUGCCUCCGACGGCCUCACCUACUACAACCGCUGCUACAUGGACGCAGAGGCCUGCCUGCGCGGCCUCCGCCUGCACGUGGUGCCCUGCAAGCACGUCCUCAGCUGGCCGCCCAGCAGCCCCGGCCCACCUGAGACCACGGCCCGCCCCACGCCCGGGGAUGCCCCGACGCCACCCGCCCUCUACAGCAGCCCCGCCCCGCAGGCCGUGUUCGUGGGGGGCACGGCCAGCCUCCACUGCGAGGUCAGCGGCCGCCCGCCGCCGGCCGUGACCUGGGAGAAGCAGAGCAACCGGCGUGAGACCCUCAUCAUGCGGCCCGACCAGAUGUACGGCAACGUGGUGGUCACCAGCGUCGGGCAGCUGGUGCUUUACAACGCCCGGCCCGAGGACGCCGGCCUCUACACGUGCACUGCACGCAACGCCGCGGGCCUGCUGCGGGCCGACUUCCCGCUGUCGGUGGUCCGGCGGGAGCCGGCCGGGGACGCGGCGCCCACCCCCCCUGACCCGGCCGAGUGCCUGCCCGCCGCGCAGGCCUGCACCGGCGCCCCCUCCGGCCUGGUCCUCUGGCAGUACGACCCCCAGCGCGGGGGCUGCAUGACCUUCCCCGCCUGCAGCUGCGAGGGCGGCGGCCGGGGCUUCGAGACCUAUGAGGCGUGCCAGCGGGCCUGCGCCCGCGGCCCCGGCGACGCCUGCGUGCUGCCGGCCGUGCAGGGCCGCUGCCAGGGCUGGGAGCCCCGCUGGGCCUACAGCCCGCUGCUGCGGCAGUGUCACCCCUUCGUCUACGGCGGCUGUGAGGGCAACGGCAACAACUUCGAGAGCCGCGCGAGCUGCGAGGACGCCUGCCCCGUGCCGCGCACGCCGCCCUGCCGGGCCUGCCGCCUGCGGAGCAAGCUGGCGCUGAGUCUGUGCCGCAGCGACUUCGCCAUCGUGGGGCGGCUCACCGAGGUGCUGGAGGAGCCCGAGGUGGGGGGCGGCGGCAUCGCCCGCGUGGCCCUGGACGAGGUGCUCAAGGAUGACAAGAUGGGCCUCAGGUUCUUGGGCACCAAGUACCUGGAGGUGACGCUGAGUGGCAUGGACUGGACCUGCCCCUGCCCCAACGUGACAGCUGGCGACGGCCCCCUGGUCAUCAUGGGAGAGGUGCGAGACGGCGUGGCCGUGCUGGACGCUGGCAGCUACGUCCGCACGGCGAGCGAGAAGCGUGUCAAAAAGAUCUCGGAGCUGCUCGAGAAGAAGGCCUGUGAGCUGCUGAACCGCUUCCAGGACUAGCCCCACCCCCCCGCCAGUGUCUGCCCACCCUGCCUUCCUGUCCUGCUGAAUAAAAGCCUGACCUCAUGGCCUGCGGGUGCCGGACCUCCUGGUGGGACCCUCACCCCACUCAGCCUGCCUUCCGGCUGGUAACCC